UUUCGACUGUCACGCUCGAAUCUAAAUACACUUUGUAGCAUAGCGAUAGGGACAACCGCAAUAUCCUGUUUGUUUUGUUGUUUGUGCGUGUGGGGUGUGCAAGUUUUGUAAUAUAUGGGCAAAACCAAUGGCACUGAGUGGUUUCGUGGAAUUCUUCCAGAAAGGAAGGACUUUCCGUCCCAAAAAGAGCUUUGAACCAGGAACCUUAAGGUAUUCCCUUCAUAAACAAGCCCAAGCGUCAUUGAGCUCUGGAAUUAAUUUACGAGCUGUUGUACAGCUGCCAAAUGGUGAAGAUACAAAUGACUGGAUUGCAGUUCACGUUGUUGAUUUUUUCAAUCGUAUCAACUUAAUUUAUGGUACGGUGUCUGAGUAUUGCACUCCAGAAAGCUGUCCAACUAUGUCAGGAGGACCAAAAUUUGAAUAUUUAUGGGCAGAUGGUGUAAAGUACAAGAAACCAACUCCUCUUCCUGCACCACAAUAUGUUAGCCUCCUUAUGGACUGGGUAGAGUCACAGAUAAACAAUGAAACUUUAUUUCCUGUUUCAACAGAUGUACCUUUUCCAAAGACAUUUAUCCCCUUGUGUCGAAAAAUUCUGACCCGUCUUUUCAGAGUCUUUGUACAUGUUUAUAUUCACCAUUUUGAUAGAAUUGUGGCUAUUGGAGCGGAACCUCAUGUCAAUACCUGCUACAAGCAUUUUUACUAUUUUGUGAAAGAAUUUGAUCUUGUCAGUAGCAAAGAGCUUGAACCUCUGAAAGAAAUGACUGCUCAUAUUUGUCGGGAUCAUGUGGAAUCUCAGACUACCUCUAGCUGACCAGUUAGUUUCUUCGAAUGUUAUUUCUUCUUUUACUAUGAGUGUAGUAAGUUUUUGUUUUUAUUAUAUUUAACAUGGCUGUGUACAAUACAUGUUCAGUGUAUUAAGAGGAUGUCAGAAAUAUGUUGGCAAAAGGGGUAAGUUCACAAUUAAGACAUUGAUUAGGUAUUGGAUCUUCUUUGGAUGAAAAUAUGUUGUAAAACCUUUUUCUUAAUGACUCACUUAUUUCUAAAAAUUUAUAUUUGAAAUAUGAGAGAGAAGUGAAAAGUAAAUAUAAUGUUCUUGCUAAAUGCUACACAUGUUUAGGAUGAAUAUCUUCUUUCACUUGUCUUUAUAGUUCCUGUGCACUGAUUUUUCUUCUGUGUGAAUCCCAGGUGAAAAUAAAAUCCUAAGACUGAAUGUGUAGCCAGUUAAUCAA